AUGCGUCGCCAGCCCUGGCGGACUUUUGUGGGCCCUCCUGCCACUUCCCCAACAUUGUGCUGUGUACUAAGUGAGAACCGACUAGUAAAAGAUAGACCGUGGAGCUGCCCAGACACAGCAAGGGAAGAAGAUAGAUGCAAAAUGUCUAGUCAACUAAACCCAUCUAACGCGAAGUCUGCCGCCAAGGGGACAAAACGGAAAAAAGGAGUGAAGGAUGACAAAGAUGCCAAGCCGAAGGAGGAGGCACAGGACAAGGAACCUCCAAAGCCGCGCAGGAAGAUUCCCGUUCCUCCUCUCCCUGCCGUCCUGCCCCCCAUCAACCUGAUCCACAGGGAUGUGUUGCGGGCCUGGUGCCAACAGUUGAGGCUGAGCUCCAAGGGCCAGAAAGUCGAUGCGUAUAAGCGGCUGUGUGAGUAUGCCUUCCCUAAGCAAAAGUCCUAUUUGCUGAAUAUUCCUGAGACAUCAAAAGAGGCCAGGGUGAAGGCAUCACCUAGAAAACCAAAAGUGGAAACACCCCUGAGCAGCUCUGGGCAACAGCUGUAUUCUGAGGGGACUGUUCCCCUGGAAUUGGCCCCUGUGCAUGAGGGGCAUGUGCCCACCCUUGAUGAACCCCCCGGUCUCUUUGAAGAAGUCAGCACCACUGUGGUGACCACCACUGCUCCAGAGGCAGUGUUGGCCUCUUGGGCCAGAAUCGCAUCCAGUGCUGGGCGGAUGGAGGAAGUGAAGGCUGAGGUACCAGCAGAGGUCUAUGCCGACAGGUGGUGCGUGGUGCACGGGCGGAGCUUGCCUGCGGACGGUGACGGCUGGGUGCGGCUGCAGUUCCACGCCGGACAAGCGUGGGUGCCGGGGAAGAAGGGUCAAGUCAGCGCGCUCUUCUUGCUGCCUGCCUGCACGUUUCCACCCCCACACCUGGAGGACAACAUGCUGUGCCCCAAGUGUGUCCACAGGAACAAGAUCUUAACGAAGAGCCUCCAGUGAGACAGGAAUCUCAGGGAGGAGGCAACGUGUGCGCUUCCAGCUGUGGCCUGGCUUACAGAUGUGCAGCUGUGA